UAGAAAACCGCGAUGUCUAAAAUCAUCUUCACCAUGCAAUCAAACGCGCAGCGUGUCUCCCUCAAAGUGUUGUUCAAAUCGGCAUUCGAAGCCCACUUGUCUCGGUAAAACACCUUCCCCCACAUUUUCCCUUUGCGACUCUCCUCAAAAUGAUUCGCUUUGUUUUUCAAUGCCAACGCCCGCAUGUUGUUCAAAAAAUACAAAUAAGAAAUUGUUAUUUUGUAAUAAUCUUCCCUCAAUGCCAGAAGAUGAGCAAUAUUCCAUGCAAUGUUCAGGAAAUAAAUCUAAUUGUGAUAUGUUAUUGAUGGUUGAAAAAGAACGACGAGUGAAAGCUGAAUGUGACUCUCAUCAAAUGAAAACUGAAAUCGAUCUUUUGCGAAUGCAAUUAGAAGAUUUGGUACAAAGUAAAAAAAUCGCCAUUGAAUUAUCUAAAGAUUUAGAAUGUAAAUAUAACGGCCUUCUUCACGAAAAAGAAGAAAUCCUAGGGAAGUUGAGUACCCUCGAAAAGGAUAAUCGGAAUUUAUGUAUGAAACUAGAAAAAGAAAUCAAUUCGAGAAAAUGUUACCUUCAACAAACACAAAAAACUGCUGCAAAAACCAAGGAAGCUAUCGAAUGUAAAUUGGAAGAAAUACAAUUGGAAGCCGCAAAAUCAUCAAAAAUCAUGGCAGAAAAUACAGAAAAACUGGCAAAAACUUUAAAGGAUAAAGAAAAACGUUUAAAAUUAAUGUGCCAAAGGAUAGAGGAAAUGCAAUGCAUCAUGGAAGAAAAAGAGAAGGAAAUUCAAAAGAUAGCAGACGAGAAAAAAGAACUCGAAAUGGCCUUAGAAGAAAAUAAAUUGUGGAAUAAAAAACUUCGUGAAGUGAACGACAAACUCGCAGCUACGGUCAAGGAAUAUUACAAUAAAGUAAUUUCCGCUAAAAACGAAGCAGAAUGUUUGAAGGACGAAGUGAAAUGUUGCAAAGAAAAUCUUACCGAUUCGCAAAACAAACAAUGUUGCUUAAAGCAGGAACUUGAAAAGUCACUAGCGAGAAUUGAAUGCGAAGAAAAUAAAAGAAAAGCAGUCGAACAGUGCUUAGAAGAAUGUAAAGAUAAAGAAAAAGCGUAUCAACAAAAAAUUAAGGCAUUAACGUGUGAGUUAAAAAAAUUAGAGGAAUGUCACAGACAGUCAAACAAACAAACCAAAUGCGAAAUGCAGAAACUGAUGGAUGAACAUAGUAAAUUAAAAUGCGAAUGUGCGGAAAUGCAAAAGAAAUUAGUUCAAUUUCGAAACGCAGAUGAAAAACGACGGAAAUGUAUCGAAGAAGAGUUAAGAUUAUUCACCUCUUUUGUAAACGAAAAAGAAUCAAUUUUAUUGAAAGAAAAAGAAGAACUUUCGUGUCUUGUAAAUGAAUUAACCAGCGUAAUAAAGCAGCAUAAGACACGAAUUUCUGAACUGUCUAAACUAAAUAAAGAACAAGAAGAAAUGUUAGAAUGUCAGUGUAAUAAAAUUGCUGUACAGGAGAAAAGUUUGGAACAUAAAACAAAAGAAAACGAAUAUUUAUGUGUUAAAAAUCAGCAUUUGGAGGAAGAGAUUAAAAAAUUGAAAUCUUCAGCCGAUGAAAAAUGUUGUGAAGAAAUUCGAAACCUUGAAAAACAAAUUUCAGAGUUAAGGUCCCUAUAUUGCGAAGAAAAGAACAAACAGGCGUGCAAAGAAAAAAUUAUCCAAAACCAAAAUAAGUUAAUAAGCGAAUUAAGGUGUGAAUUAAAUCAGAAAAAACAGGAACUUAAAGAAGCCCAAUGUAGAUUAGCCAAGGUCUCAGAAGAACUAAAGCGAAGAGCAGAGGAAGUAAAACGUCUUCUUAAAGAAUUAGAAUGCGAAAGGAAAGAAAAAUGUGCACUCAUUGAAGAACUAAAACAAAUGGAGUGCAAACAAAAGAGUCUCGAAAACAAAGUUGCAAUGCUCGAGAAGACGGUUGAAAAAUAUUAUUCCUGCACUUCGAAAGACAUAACAAAGAAAGAGGAAAUGAUUAACUGUCUCCAGCAAGAAAUUGCCAAACAAAGGGCAGAAUUCGCUAAACAAAAACAAUGUAUUCAGCAAGAGAAGGAGCAAGCGAUUUGCGCGGCAAAAUUCGCAACUCAAAAGCUCUAUGACACAGUUACUGACUUUCAAGUACAGGUUGAAACCCAAAAGAAAGUUCAACAGUUUCUUACAGGACUGUUGUGCGAACGGGAAGCUAUAGAAAACAGGGGAACUGAUAGCUCGCCGUGUUGUUCCCCAACGGAAGAUGAAUGCUCAGACAAGAGCAACCAAGAGUGCAAUCAAGACUGUUACUCUUCAAAUUCGGGAUGUAAUGACCACUGUAGAGAAAUAGAGGAUAUAUUUGGUACGUCCGGAAAAUACAGCCUUCCAACAAUUUGCGUAUCUGCAAAGACUUGCGCUACUAAUACUUGUAGUGGUUCCGAAGAUGAAUGCAACAAUCCACCAUAUCAGCCUGAUGUAAUCCAUGCCAAAAUAAGAAAGAACAAUGUACCAUGUUGCGAUAUUAUUAGCAAAGCCAUAAACUGUGGAAGUAUCUGUGCAGAACGCUUGGAACCGUGUUCGUCGUCUUGGCGAAAAAUUUUAUAAAUUAUUAGUUUUAAGAUCGCUCUUUGAAAUACAUAUAUCUGCUGUUAUAUAGGUGUCAAAGAAAUGUGUGCUUUUGUUUUAGUUAGCAAAGACGAAAUAAAUAACUAAAAGUU